AGCCAAUUUUUUAUGGCUCCCCGUUCUUAACGAAGCUUUUCCCGCCAUGAGAGCAGCCGUUGGUGUGUGCUGGCUACUCGGCGCUUCCGCGCUGAAGUUUGCCGCGCAGGACCCAGCGAUCGCGGUUCCCUGCGAUGCGCCCAAGAUGGCGCACUCGGAUGCGACCAUGCUCGGCUACUGUGGGAAGCUGUCAUUUGGUGAUGACAAGAGUGUGAAUGCCAAGGGCUGCCACGACAGCUACACCGGCGAGGUUCAAGUUGCCUUGGCGAACAAAAUGUUCUCCCACUGCCAAGCCUGGUGCAUCUUUGACUUCACCUUCCCUUGGUACGCGGCAUACGGCUGGGACCCCCAGCACAAGUGCUGGGCGAAGUCAGAAAGCUGCGGCCCGGCCCGAGAGCGAGACGCGGUGAUCGCGCACAAGAACUUGCUGUGCGAGGCGCCGAAGCCGGCCUGCUUCCCCGUGCAAGUGCAGCUCACCGACGCGCUGAUGAGCAGCUACUGUGACCGGUCCGUGGGCGCCAACAAGUUUUCGGGGGCUCGGGGAUGUGACGCAGCUGACACCCCCAAGAUCCACCGGGCUUUGGCCAACAAGAUGUUUGAGCACUGCGGGGCUUGGUGCCUCUUCGACUACGACGAUCCGGCGCAGGUGAGCUACGGUUGGAAGCCAGAGGACCAGUGCUGGUUCAAGACCAGCGGCAAGUGCGGCAAGGCCUACGAGCAGGCGGGCGCAGAGCUGCGGAAGAAGAACGCCUGCAAGGAUAUGAGCAUCAAAGUCGGGGAGGAGGGCUGCAUCCCCUACCAGCCGCAGAUCUCCCACGACCUGAUGACAAGCUACUGCGGUGACUUGACAAGUUACUCCGCCGACAUCUCCGAGCACGCAAGGGCCUGCGAUUUUCAGCACACGCCGGAGCUGAAACGUGCCCUUGCCAACCACAUGUUCAACGAGUGCGGCGCCACGUGCGUCUACGACUUCGGCAACCCUGAUGGCUUUUGGUUCGGCUGGAACAAGAAAUCGCACUGCUAUGACUACAACUCGGCAGGCUGCAAGGGCUCCGCAGGCCAGGCCAAGGCAGUGGAGCGGCGGUCGCUCUCCUGCUCCUUGACGACCACCACGAGCACAACCACCUCUACCAGCACCACCACGACAUCGACAGAAACGACCACAACUACAACUGGUACUACCACGAGCACGAGUACUUCUACCACGACCACCUUCACCGAAACGACCACCUCUACCACGUUCACUAUCACAACUACCAGUACGACCACCACUACAACAGCUACUACCACAAGCACGAGUACUUCGACUACAACCACCUUCACUGAAACUACCACUUCUACCAGCACCACCAGCACAAGUACCGUCACUACGACCACGUCCACCAGCACGACCACGACAUCUACAUCGACCACGUCUACGAGCACUGCGACCACCACCACAAGCACGACCACCACUUCGACCACGUCUACGAGCACUGCGACCACCACCACAAGCACGACCACCACUGUUUGCACCCCUGUGACCUACGACCUCUCCGAUGACGUCAUGCAUCAGUACUGUGACGACCUCUCCACCAACGGGGAGGACCGCAGCAGCGAGGCCAGGGGCUGCUCCGAGACCUACACGCCCUUCGUGCAGAUGUCCUUGGCCAACCACAUGUUCAGCCACUGCGGAGCCUUCUGCCUGUAUGACUUCUUCAAGCCUGGGUCGGUGGCCUACAACUGGGAUGGGCUGAACAAGUGCUGGAACAAAGGCACGGGGUGCGAGGGCCACAUGGAGCAGGCGAUCAUCGUGUCCCGCAGGGAGAAGUUCUGCAAGGACAGUUCCGGUCUCGGAUCUGCGGCAACUGCGUCGUCUUCACCACUUGGCACGGACGUGCUUGCCAUCUCACAAGACGCUCUCGAAGAAUGUGAUGCUCUCGUAUUGCAACGACGAGGACUUCAGCACCAGCGGCGAGGACCGGAGCCCCGAGGCGGAGGCCUGCGAUGCCUUGGACACCCCCAAGGUGCGCAAGGCCCUGGCGAACUUCAUGUUCCACCACUGCGGCGCCUGGUGCCUCUUUGACUUCGAUAGUCCGGAGGCAGUGUCCUAUGGCUGGGACAACGGCAAGAAGUGCUGGUCACGCGGAGGAGAUUGCGGGCCCGCGGCGGAGCGGCACGCCGUGGUGGAGCGCCGCAAAGAGUUCUGCUGAGAAGCUGACGGCGCCACUGCGAGCGAUCCCGUGAGCGAGGCUCCUCGCUCGUUUCAAAGACACGUGCCUUUUGCGCGGUGCA